ACUGUGGGUUGUUUCCUGAGGUGCAUUGUGGGGGAGAUUCCUGUCGCCGCUGUGUUGUUGUUGGAGAUUCAGCUUUUGCUGGCGUCGAAAGACCGCGGACAAAAUGCCGGAGCGAGAUAGCGAGCCCUUCUCCAAUCCUUUGGCUCCAGAUGGCCACGAUGUGGACGAUCCUCAUUCCUUCCACCAGUCCAAACUCACCAAUGAAGACUUCAGGAAACUUCUUAUGACCCCAAGGGCUGCACCUACCUCUGCACCACCCUCUAAGUCACGUCACCAUGAGAUGCCAAGAGAGUAUAAUGAAGAUGAAGACCCAGCUGCCCGAAGGAGAAAAAAGAAAAGUUACUAUGCCAAGCUUCGACAACAAGAAAUUGAGAGAGAAAGAGAGCUGGCAGAGAAGUACCGGGACCGUGCCAAGGAACGACGAGAUGGUGUGAACAAAGAUUAUGAGGAAACUGAGCUGAUCAGCACCACAGCUAACUACAGGGCUGUGGGCCCCACUGCUGAGGCGGACAAAUCAGCUGCAGAGAAGAGAAGACAGUUGAUCCAGGAGUCCAAAUUCUUGGGUGGUGACAUGGAACAUACCCAUUUGGUGAAAGGCUUAGAUUUUGCUCUGCUUCAAAAGGUACGAGCUGAGAUUGCCAGCAAGGAGAAAGAGGAGGAAGAAUUGAUGGAAAAGCCCCAGAAGGAAACCAAGAAAGACGAGGAUCCUGAGAAUAAAAUUGAAUUUAAGACCCGUUUGGGCCGCAACGUUUACCGCAUGCUUUUCAAGAGCAAAGCAUAUGAGCGGAACGAGCUGUUCCUGCCGGGCCGUAUGGCUUAUGUGGUAGACCUGGAUGAUGAGUACGCUGACACGGACAUCCCCACAACGCUUAUUCGCAGCAAGGCCGAUUGCCCCACCAUGGAGGCCCAGACCACUCUGACCACAAAUGACAUUGUCAUCAGCAAGCUUACCCAGAUCCUUUCCUACUUGAGGCAGGGUACCCGCAACAAGAAGCUCAAGAAGAAGGAUAAAGGGAAGCUGGAAGAGAAGAAACCCCCUGAAGCUGACAUGAAUAUAUUUGAAGACAUUGGGGAUUAUGUACCCUCCACGACUAAGACACCUCGGGACAAGGAGCGGGAGAGGUAUCGGGAACGGGAGCGAGAUCGCGAAAGAGACAGAGACCGUGACAGAGAACGGGAGCGAGAACGAGAACGAGAUCGGGAACGGGAGCGAGACCGAGAGAGAGAGGAGGAGAAAAAGAGGCACAGCUACUUUGAAAAGCCGAAAGUAGACGAUGAGCCCAUGGAUGCCGACAAAGGACCUGCAUCUGCCAAGGAGUUGAUCAAAUCAAUCAAUGAGAAGUUUGCGGGUUCUGCUGGCUGGGAAGGGACAGAAUCGCUGAAGAAGCCAGAGGACAAGAAACAACUGGGAGAUUUCUUUGGAAUGUCCAACAGUUAUGCUGAGUGCUACCCAGCCACGAUGGAUGACAUGGCCGUGGACAGUGACGAGGAGGUGGAUUAUAGCAAAAUGGACCAGGGUAACAAGAAGGGCCCCUUAGGCCGCUGGGACUUUGAUACUCAGGAGGAAUACAGUGAAUAUAUGAACAACAAGGAGGCCUUACCCAAGGCUGCUUUCCAGUACGGUAUCAAGAUGUCUGAAGGGCGUAAAACCAGGCGCUUCAAGGAAACCAAUGACAAGGCAGAACUAGAUCGUCAGUGGAAGAAGAUUAGUGCAAUCAUUGAGAAAAGGAAGAAGAUGGAAGCUGAUGGGGUUGAGGUCAAAAGACCAAAAUACUAAUCUCCAGUAUCAACUCCAAGAACAUUCUCCACAAGGAUAUACUUUCUACUGCUUUCUUCAUACAAUUCCCAGAAAAGUCGUAUGGUGUUUUUGUGAAUAUAUAUACACUUUUAUUGUAUAAUCAUUUAGUUCCAUUAAAAUUGGCAAACUAUU